UUAGCAUCAAUGCACGUUUUGGCCAAUCCUGUGAGAGCAGGGGCGGGCCUUUUACGUCACUCACUCAGUUUAUAAAUUCCAUCUCCUCCCUUCCAGUGGUAGUAGCUAAAGACGACGCGCUUGGGUGAUAGUGAGGCUCCCGCUGCAUCAAAACCGGCUGAGAAAUGGCUCGUACAAAACAAACUGCUCGUAAAUCCACUGGAGGAAAGGCGCCCAGGAAGCAGCUGGCAACCAAAGCAGCCAGGAAAAGCGCGCCCUCUACCGGUGGAGUGAAGAAGCCCCACAGAUACAGGCCCGGAACCGUGGCUCUGCGUGAGAUCCGUCGGUACCAGAAGUCCACAGAGCUGCUCAUCAGGAAGCUGCCCUUCCAGCGUCUUGUGAGAGAAAUUGCUCAAGAUUUCAAGACAGACUUGCGUUUUCAGAGUGCAGCUAUCGGUGCUCUCCAGGAGGCCAGUGAAGCCUACCUGGUUGGUCUCUUUGAGGACACUAACCUCUGCGCCAUCCACGCAAAAAGGGUUACCAUCAUGCCCAAAGACAUUCAGCUGGCAAGGCGAAUUAGAGGGGAGCGUGCAUAAAUGUUUUAGCUGAAUUUUAUCUUUUCAAUGAGGGCUGGGAGUGAUGUAUGGGGGGGUUGGAGGGGUUUUUGUAAAUCUUAAACCAGCAUGUGUGCCACAAUUUGUUUUAGUUUUAGGCAUGUUUUUGUACUUUUUAUUUUUAACUUUCAAUUGAGAUGUCUUCACUGUAGACUAGAGUCCCAUAAUCUGCAACUUCUGAAGGUAUUCUACUCCUCUCAGGUCUGCUAAUAUUUUAGCCUGAAUUUUGUUUUGUUAUCCUGUGUGUGCAUGUCAUAGGAUUAUUUUCUUUUUUUUUCCUGGUGCUGUAAAUAAAAGUUUUUGCUACCUCA